AUGGCCGCAUUUGAAACUAUCAAUGCGAUUAUUAGAGAUCUUGAUGAUGCACUUUUUUCUAUUUUGAUUGAUGAAGCCCGUAACAUAUCAAUCAAUAAGCAAAUGACAGUUGCAAUACGAUAUGUUGACAAAAAAGGCCAAGGUCAAGGAUAUGAUGAGGCUAGUAAUAUGCAAGGUGAGUUCAAUGGUCUUAAAACACUUAUACUGAAAGAGAAUCCUUGUGCAUAUUAUGUUCAUUGUUUUGCUCAUCAAUUGCAAUUGGCACUUGUAGCUGUGGUAAAUAAUCAUAAUCAAAUUGCUUUACUUUUCACUUUGGUUUCUAAUGUGGUGAAUAUUGUUGGAGAAUCAUGUAAACGCCGAGAUAUUGUUAGGGAGAUGCAAGCUGCAAAAGUUGCUGAGGCACUUAAUACUGGAGAGCUAUCUAGUGGGAAAGGCUUAAAUCAAGAAACUAAUCUUAAACAUGCUGGUGAUACACGUUGGGGUUCACACUAUGGUACUUUAGUUAGCUUGGCUAGUAUGUUUUCAACAGUGAUUGAUGUGCUUGAAUUGAUUUCGGAGGAUGGUUCAAAUUCAGAACAACGAGCAGAAGCAAAUAUUUUGUUGGACUCAAUUCAAUCAUUUAAGUUUGUAUUGAACCUUCGUUUGUUGAAAACAAUAUUGGCUAUUACAAGUGAGUUAUCGCAAGCACUACAAAGGAAAGAUCAAGAUAUUGUUAAUGCCAUGAAUUUAGUUCAAAUUUCUAAAGAACAACUCCAAAAGAUGAGGGAGAGUGGGUGGACAUCUUUACUUGAUGAUAUUUUGUUUUUUUGUGAAAAACAUGAAAUUGAUGUUCCCCAAAUGGAAGAUAUGUUUGUAGCUCGAGGGAGAAAAAGGCGCAAUGCUCAAGAAAUUACAAACUUACAUUACUAUCGCGCUGAGUUAUUCUACACUAUUUUGGAUAUGCAAAUUCCAGAACUAAAUGCUCGUUUCACUGAGUCGAACACUGAGUUGUUACUUUGUGUGGCAUGUUUAAAUCCAUCUAACUCUUUCUCUAGUUUUGAUAGGAAAAAGAUAAUUCAUCUUGCUGAAUUUUAUCCCAAAGAAUUUUCUUCAGUGGAGCUCAUGGUACUUAAUGAUCAACUUGAUAUAUAUAUUAUCGAUAUGCUAUCCAGUAGUGAGUUCUCAAUGUUGAAUGGAAUUACCGAUCUUGCUAAAAAAAUGGUAAAGACUGGAAGAGACAAAGUAUAUCCAUUGGUGUAUUUGCUCUUGACUUUAGCAUUAAUCUUACCUGUUGCAACUGCUACUGUUGAAAGGGUAUUUUCAUCUAUGAAUAUUGUGAAGAAUCUGUUGCAGAACCGAAUAGGUGAUGAAUGGAUGAAUGGUAGCUUGAUUGUCUACAUUGAGAGAGAUAUUUUUGUUGGCCAAUGA